CCUGAGGAGGCGGGGCAGAGGCCGCGUUCUAGCCCCGCCCCCUCUGUGGCCGGCGGGGGGAGGGGCGCUGGUACACGGGCUGGAGCCGCCGCCCCGCAGACUCGCUGCUCCGCGCUGAGCCGGCCGGGCUGGGCUCGGGCCGGGAAGAUGGCGGCGAGCAGGAGAGUGGGCAAGGAGCUGGAUGACUUGAAGAGGUCUGGGUCCCGCUGCUUGAAGGACAUUGAGGUGGACGACACCAAUGUUCUUCUGUGGAAAGGGCUCCUAGUGCCGCUUCCUGCCCUCUCUCUCCUGCCUUAUGACCAGGACAAUCCUCCCUACAACAAAGGCGCUUUCCGAAUCGAGAUCAGCUUCCCGGCCGAGUACCCCUUCAAGCCCCCCAAGGUCACCUUCAAAACUAAGAUCUACCACCCCAACGUAGAUGAGAAGGGGCAGGUCUGCCUGCCAAUCAUCAGUGCUGAGAACUGGAAACCUGCCACCAAGACGGAUCAAGUGAUCCAGGCCCUGAUUGCGCUGGUAAACGAGCCCGAGCCGGGCCACCCGCUGCGUGCCGACCUGGCCGAGGAGUUCACCCGCGACCACAAGAGGUUCCUGCGCAACGCCGAGGAUCACACCCGCAAAUUCAGCGAGAAGCGGCCCUGCGAGUGACCCUGCUCCUGCUCUGGCACCCCCUGCCGGCUCCUCCUGGGGAAGACUCGGUGGCCCAGGCAGGGGUGGGGCCUAUGCACUUAGUGGGUGAAGUCUAGUGGGUGGGUGGGGCCAAGGUGGCCCCUCCCACCAUCACAUGCUGUCAUGGCGAUGCACCCCAUGGAAUUCUGGGGCAUAUGCCCCAUCCCUGCCCGGACUAAGGGGGGACCCAGCACCUCACAGUAACGCUGUUGUCACUUGUGGGAGCCCUUCAACCGAGAGGGGGCACUGAAGCCGGGGUGGGGGAGGGGUUGAAGUUGGGUUUGUGCGCUUUCCCCUUCCCUUCAUUGACUGACUCUUUUGCUCAUCCCGUCUUCACUGGGGGGCCCCCAGGCCUGCCAGGAGUGGUUGGGCCGAAGGCCGCUCCCUGGGCACUGAGCUCUGUGCCAUGACCCCCAUUGCCACUGUUGAUCUUGUUUUGGUUUGUUGCCUGGCACUUUAAAACCUCAGCUACAAAGACCGGAAGGGGGAGAGAGCAGCCCCAAAUGCCUUCCCUGCCCCCAGCCCAUGCAGACAGGAAGUGAUGCGGGGUGGGGGAUGCCCCCCAGGAGCCCUGCAGCACGGCAGGUGACUGGGGCUCUGUGCAGGGGAGGGGUGGGGGUAUCAGGCUUGAGGGUGAUUCUGGGGUGUAAGAGUGUGAUAGAAAUGUUUUUUUAAAAUAGCCCCUUUGUUUGUCGGCGGGUGGUGAUGGGGGGGUUGUGUGUGUGUGUGUGUGUGACAUAACUUCCUUUUUCUGGUCAAUAAAAAUGGACCGUGAUCCCUUUGCUCCCA